AUGGAGGGUGAGGACGAGGUCGUGGACAUGCGGAAACGCAGUCUCUUUCAUCCUUCAUCCGAAUUAAUGACCAAUAAAAGAAUUAAAAGCUCCCCCAUAAGCCCAGGCGAUCACGCUGAAGGCGAAUGCAUAGAUAGACAACAAGCAGAUAGCAAGCCAGGUUCAUCUCUUGGUGAGCCCAUAAGCGCCGAAACCGAUUUUUCAGAAGCCGACGAGAAUGAUGAUUUCGCCGGAUGCGAGGAGGAUGGCGUAGACGAACACCAAUAUCUUGCUGCUGCACCCAAUCCCAUGGAUCCGGCGUUGCGCGAGCUUAUUCGGAAGUAUGUUCGUGCCGAUUACGUUAUCCACUGCCUUGAACUUGCUGGGUUUGAUACCGCGGUGGUUUUCGCAUGCCUAAACAGCGAGACUAACAUUCGGCAACUGGAAGUCUUUGUUGGAGCUACCUGUGCCCUCAUAAAUUCUCCGAAGAUCCGUCAGUACUUUCUUGGCCCUGUAUACGCUCGACAUCCAACAAACUUCAAACUUCCCGCCGGUGUUGUUUGCGGUCUCCAGUUAGCAGUGGAAGAACUGAAACGAACGGGUACCUUUACCACUUCGCUAUCCGUUCCAUUUAACACAAUUUCAGACGCUGCUACUCAAACUGAAGUGUCUAGUCUUGGACCGUCUUCGCUGACUUCGUCUUCCGAAGGCAGCCCUCCAGACCCCGCGUUCGCUAAUGCUUCCGAUUCUUCUCUCAUUCCACCCCCCGCCCACAUUUCGACAGAGAGUCUCUCUUUCCAUCUUCCACCUCAGCUACCGCCACCUUCAAUUUCCACCGUCGAAAGUGACUGUAAAAGACUAUUCGACUGCAUGGGGGGAAGAUUUUCUCUUCCCCAACAGCCUCAAUCCCAUUCUCCACAGCCUAGAAGUUCUUCCUCCGCUUCCACUGACAAUAUUGACGUGGAAAGGCUGAUACACCAUUCCUCGGCCAGUGCUUGCCGUCUAGCCGCCCGACAGUUUGUCAACGCAAACCUCGUCCGCGGUCAGCAUUUUGAUAUGGAAAUGGAGGUAUCCGGAGGAGGCGAAAACGGUCAGAAAAGGGUGACGGGGAUCUUUUACUGUCAUCUUUGUCGGGAGAAACGCGAAAGGACAUGUGCUGUGCGGUUUUCCGUUGCAAGAAAUCGCUACCCUGUGAUGAGUAAUGUGUUAUCCCACCUCAAAACCCAUUUCCAAUAUCAAUCUAGUGUAGGCGCUGCAGCAGCUGCUACGACAACUACAGCUCCCACCGUUGGAACGAAAAAACUUGUUCCUCCUCCACCGCAACCACCUCCUUCCGUCUCUCCGUCAACUUUAAUCGAUUCCUCGACCUCCACCAUGGGACCCACGGGGCCACCUUUCCUUUCUCCUAAUUCCUUUUGUAAUCUCGUCUCCCGUGUAGUUCAAUUCGCAGCAUCGGCCAAUCCCCUGCCCCCGACGGAGAUGAGCCUGCCCUCACAGGUACCUUUAGGACCUUCUUCCUCUCUGCCUUCCAAGCUGAGUUCUGUAAACUGA